UGUUAAAUGGAAUAGAUUAAGGAAGUGCCAUUCAAACUGAAUACACGUAAAGGUAGUUCAAACCUUUACUUGCAUUACCUCUUGUGAUUUCUUUAUAAGGUUUCCCUAGAACCAGAUGAUCCAUGGCUACUGAUCUUUGCUCCAGCGAGCCUCCUCCUGUGACGAGCCCUCGCAUUUCAUUCUCUCACAAUCUCUCGCAAUCCGACAUCAACCACCAGCGUCUCCUCUCGCGCCCUGCCCCGUCCUCAUCCGUUGAUUUCGACUUCUGCAUUCGCCAGAGCAAUGUGGAUGAAUCAUCCUCUGCCGAAGAGCUCUUCUCUGACGGUGUCAUUCUUCCUAUUGAUCCACAUUUGAAACACGAAACACCGAUAACAGUACCACCAGUGCCGUCACUGCAACCACAUGUGAAUCAAAGUCAUGCCGUGAAAUGUGAUCAGGACUCGAAUGGAACAGUAGUGUCGAAUUUGUCAGAGUCACGUGAUCAGAAACAGAAGUCCGCGAAAUCUUCCUUCUGGCAGGUCAAGCGGAGUAGUAGUCUGAAUUGUGGCAGUGGAUAUGCGCGAACAUUGUGUCCAAUUCCUCUUUUGUCGCGCAGUCAUUCCACUGGUUCGGCCUCAAGUCCAAAUAAAUCUCAAUCUUCUUCAAAAGAACUUCAUCCGAAUCUCAAGCAGCACGCUCAGAAGAAGAAUUCUGUACCACUUGCACCGAUAAAACAGUCAAAUUCUCCACCAGGUCAUCAGAAGAUUCCGUCGAAAAAGAGUGGUUAUGGUGGAAUUGGGAAUGGAUCAUUCCACGGCAAUGGCAAUAGGGCUCGUGUAAAUCACGUAUUAAAUGUUUCCUCUGGCAAUUUAUUUGGUUUAGGUUCAAUUUUCUCCGGAAACAAAGAGAAGAAUAAGAAACAAUGAUCAGCUCUGAUAACCACUCCAUGAUCAUUAGGAAGCUCGAUUUCGGUAAUUUGUUGCAGUUACUCUGAGAUCAAAGCAGUAAUAAGUAAAAGGAGAGGAGAGGGGCCAAUGUAUGUUACACACCACUUGCUGAUGAUG